AGAUCUUGUAAGUUCUUUAUCAAUAGCAAAAGAGGAGUCUAUCGCACGUUUCAUAACUUCAGAAUAUACUUUUAAAUCAGAAGAAGAAGCUGUGUUAGCUUCAAAUCCUUUAAUACGUCAUAUAGUUCCUCACUUACAGGCAUUGACAGCAAGUGAACUGGUUCAUCUUCUAAAAGCUGACGUACUUCAAGUAGUUACAGAGACUGUUGAAGAACAAGAGUUAGACGAUAAAAGUAAAUAAAUAUAUAUAUCUGCUUUAAAGAAAAAUGUCUAUUCCAGCAUUAUCAGGUAAAGCUUUCUUACUUAUUACUGGUGCCAGUCGAGGGAUCGGUAAACAAAUUGCAAUAUCAUUUGGACCAUUACUGCAAAGGGGAUCACAUGUACUUUUGUUAGCAACCAACUUAAGUGCUUUAAAAGAAACAGCUGCACAAUUACCUUCAAAUUUAAUAAUUGAUUAUACUAGUAUUGAUUUGGGAGUGGCUACAAAAGAUGAUCUAAAAAAAGUUAUACUAUCAUCUUUGAAAGAAACUAAUCCAAAGGAAUUUGAUAGAGUUAUUAUUGUGCAUAAUGUUGGAACAUCUGGUGAUAUUUCAAAAUGGACCAAUGAUAUGACAGAUAUUAACAUAUGGAGAAAGUAUUAUGAUCUUAAUAUGUUUAUACCUAUUGUACUAAAUGGGUUAUUGAUGGAGAUAUUUGAUGAACAAACCAAUACUAAAAAACUAAUUAUCAAUAUCACCUCUUUACUUGGUAUACAACCACGUGAAUCAGCUGGAUAUUAUUGUACUGUAAAAGCAGCAAAAGAGAUGUUUUUUAAGGUAUUUGCCUUAGAAAAUCCUGAAGUAGAUGUAUUGAAUUACUCACCUGGUCCUGUUGAUACUGAUAUGUUGCAAACUUUUCUUAAAGAAAUGUCUAAUAAUGAAUUUAUUAAAAAUACAACUAUUUUAACAACAGAGCAAACAAUUACUCGUCUUAUAGAAGUAUUGAAAAAUCAUAAAUAUAAAUCUGGUGAUCAUGUAGAUUAUUUUGAUAAACUGGAAUAAAUAACAAUCGAUUUACAUAUAUCAAAAUAUCAAAGCAGAAAGAAAAGUAAAUAUACAGAUAAUAAACAAAUAAAUAAAAAACAUUAUUAUAUAAUGAAAACUUUUUUAUAAUAUAUUACACACUUACUAUACUUGUUAUUUCCAAUAUAAAUCACUUAUUUUAUAUUAAUAUAUACUAAAUGUUACAAUUAUAAUAAAAAGAUAUUGAGCAUCACA